GGAUACCCCCGCCCUCCUCGCCGGUCCUCCUAGUUUGCGCUGCCCGAGGUCCGUGUCUUGUAGCAAGAUGGCGGAGCUGGGCUCGGGGUGACCAGACAAGAAGAGUAAGAAGCCACCAGCCAGCCUCCUAGCAGUCCGUGACCCUGCACCACAGCCCCCCACACGCCCGCCAUAGUGAGCCCCGCACAGCCUCAUGUCCGUGUGACAGCCGGAGCUCGGUGCGUGUCUCUCAUUCAUCGUGUAGAGCGCUGUCCUCCGCCUAUCAGCUCUCCGUGUGCAUGGCCCGGGGGGGCGGCCUGCUCGACUAGUUGUGUGCCUGCUGGAUUGUGCCGGGUUCUCGCAUGAGUUCCCCGGACCAGAAGCGGCGGCAGCAGGAGAGAGAGGGAGCACCGGAGCCCGAGGAGCGGAGCGCACACACCCCCUGCAGCGGCAGCCCGGAGCACAGCCCCGGGGGAGACAGAUCACCAGGAGAUCCUAAUUCAGAAAACCUAGAAAAUAGCCGAAUGAAGCGAGCAGCUGCAAAGCAUCUAAUAGAACGCUACUACCACCAGUUAACUGAGGGCUGUGGAAAUGACUCCUGCACGAAUGAGUUUUGUGCUUCCUGUCCCACUUUUCUCCGUAUGGAUAACAAUGCAGCAGCCAUUAAGGCCCUCGACUUAUAUAAGGUUAAUGCAAAACUCUGUGAUCCUCAUCCCUCCAAGAAAGGAACAAGCUCAUCUUAUCUAGAGAACAACUCCAAAAGUGCCCAUAACAACCAGUGCUCGGAAAGAAAGAUGAACAAGAAGGAAGUACACGGACCCAGGGAUGACUUCAAAGAUGUGUCUUUUCUCUCUGAAGAAAAGGUAUAUGAAAUUCUUGAACUAUGUCGAGAACGGGAGGAUUACUCUCCUCUUAUUCGGGUAAUAGGGAGAGUGUUUUCCAGUGCUGAUGCCUUGGUUCAGAGCUUCCGAAAAGCAAAGCAACAUACUAAGGAGGAGCUAAAAUCUUUACAGGAAAAGGAUGAAGAUAAAGAUGAAGAUGAAAAGGAAAAAGCGGCUUCUUCUGCUGCUAUGGAAGAUGAUUCUGCAGCUUCAUCCUCCAGACUGAAUGACGGUACACAGGGAGAUAACAAUAUACCGAAACUAGGCCCAGAAGAAGUAUCUCUAGACAUUGAAGCAGUUAGGCGGGUCUAUCACAGGUUACUUUCGAAUGAGAAAAUAGAAUCUGCCUUUCUUAAUGCACUUGUGUACCUAUCUCCCAAUGUCGAAUGUGACUUAACUUAUCAUAAUGUAUAUUCAAGGGACCCCAACUAUCUCAAUUUGUUCAUUAUAGUCAUGGAGAAUUGUAAUCUCCAUAGCCCAGAGUACCUGGAAAUGGCUCUACCAUUGUUCUGCAAAGCUAUGAGCAAAUUGCCUUUGCCAGCACAAGCAAAGUUGAUCCGACUAUGGUCAAAAUACAGUGCGGAGCAGAUCAGAAGAAUGAUGGAAACAUUUCAGCAGCUAAUAACUUACAAGGUGAUAAGCAACGAAUUCAACAGUCGCAACCUAGUGAACGAUGAUGAUGCCGUUGUGGCAGCAACGAAAUGCCUGAAAAUGGUUUACUAUGCAAAUGUAGUCGGAGGAGAGAUUGAGACAGAUCACAACGAAGAUGAGGACGAAGAACCCAUCCCAGAAUCCAGUGAAUUAACCCUCCAGGAGCUUUUGGGAGAGGAAAGAAGAAAUAAGAAGGGGCCCCGAGUAGACCCCCUUGAAACCGAACUUGGUGUAAAAACCAUUGACUGCAGGAAACCCCUCAUCCCUUUUGAAGAAUUUGUUAAUGAACCACUCAAUGAUGUUCUUGAAAUGGACAAAGACUAUACUUUCUUUAAAGUAGAAACUGAAAAUAAAUUUUCUUUUAUGACAUGUCCCUUUAUCCUGAAUGCUGUAACAAAGAACCUGGGACUGUAUUAUGACAACAGAAUCCGCAUGUAUAGUGAAAGAAGAAUCACCGUGCUUUACAGUCUUGUUCAAGGACAGCAACUCAACCCCUACCUAAGGCUCAAGGUUCGAAGAGAUCACAUCAUUGAUGAUGCUUUAGUUAGGCUAGAGAUGAUUGCGAUGGAAAACCCAGCAGACCUAAAGAAGCAGUUGUAUGUAGAGUUUGAGGGCGAGCAGGGCGUAGAUGAAGGAGGCGUUUCCAAAGAGUUUUUCCAACUUGUUGUAGAGGAAAUAUUUAACCCUGACAUAGGCAUGUUUACCUACGAUGAGUCCACAAGAUUCUUUUGGUUCAAUCCAUCUUCAUUUGAAACUGAAGGGCAGUUUACUCUCAUUGGAAUUGUGCUGGGCCUUGCAAUUUACAACAAUUGCAUUCUAGAUGUGCACUUUCCAAUGGUGGUUUAUAGAAAGCUGAUGGGGAAGAAAGGAACGUUUCGUGAUUUGGCCGAUUCUCACCCUGUCCUGUACCAAAGUUUAAAAGAUCUACUGGAAUACGAGGGCAACGUAGAAGAUGACAUGAUGAUGACGUUUCAGAUAUCUCACACCGAUCUCUUUGGGAAUCCUCUGAUGCAUGACUUAAAAGAGAAUGGCGAUAAAAUCCCCAUUACAAAUGAGAAUAGAAAGGAGUUUAUCAAUCUCUAUACAGAUUACAUUUUAAAUAAAUCUGUGGAUAAACAAUUCAAGGCUUUCAGAAGGGGAUUUCACAUGGUCACCAAUGAAUCCCCACUCAAAUAUCUGUUUAGGCCAGAGGAAAUUGAGCUGCUCAUCUGUGGAAGUAGGAACUUAGACUUCCAAGCUCUUAAAGAAACAACUGAAUAUGAUGGAGGCUACACCAGAGAUUCUCACAUUAUUAGGGAGUUCUGGGAUAUAGUACAUUCAUUUACAGAUGAGCAGAAAAGAUUGUUCUUACAGUUUACAACUGGCACAGACAGAGCGCCUGUGGGUGGACUAGGAAAACUAAAGAUGAUUAUAGCCAAAAAUGGCCCCGACACAGACCGGUUACCGACAUCUCAUACAUGCUUUAAUGUUCUUUUACUUCCGGAAUACUCAAGCAAAGAGAAACUGAAAGAGAGAUUAUUAAAGGCUAUCACUUAUGCCAAGGGAUUUGGCAUGCUGUAAAAUGAAAAGGCAAAGGAAGCAUAACAAAAGGGAUAACAAUCAGUAAUGUCAAGUCCCUGUCCACAAAGACCAUAAGCUAGUCAUGUAGUCACCUGUAUGUGUGCCUCCCUUCUCCACUGGGACAUUGGGCUGGAACAGCAGAUUUCUGCUGCUUAUAUGAACAAAGUCUUUCUCCCUCCCCUAGCGUGAAAGUGUUGUACAAUCUUUCACAUGUAUGUACAGAGAGGUUUUCCUAAAUAUUUAUUUUAAGGGUUAAAUCACUUUUGCUUGUGUUUAAUACUGCUUGAAGUGGAGCCUACUUGUCUCUGACAACAGAUACUCUCAUGAAUAUACUAUCUUGUACCAGAAUAACUUUCAAGAAUUUUACGUUACUGCUUCGGUUUGUCAUGCAUCUUCUCAAAUCCUUAAAUCAGGAACUGUGUUUUUUUCUUUUUUUUUUUUUUUCUUUUUUUUCUUUUUAUACCGUUUGCUUAUAAAACUUGAAGUAAUGGAAACAGUGUGAUGCAAUUACUGCUGUUCUAGCCCCAAACCAUUUCUGUGACGGACAAAAAAAAAAAAGAUAGUCAAUAAAGAUGGAAGGGAGUACUUGGAAUGUUAUACUACAGCCUUUGCAGCCUUUUACUUUAGCCACAGCACAAAAAAAUAUACAAAUUAAAGAUACAAAAAAAUAAUUUCACAA